UCAUCCUCUGUGGAGAGACGCGCGUUUAUGGCCCCUGAGGAGCCCUGACGGCGCACAAACGCGUGAACUGUGACCCGGAACUCCGUUUCUCUCCGUUUCUCUCUGUUUCUCUCCGUUUCUCUGUCGUGUUUCUGCCCCUAUAGAGAUGAACCGGAGACUCCUGCUGGUGUCCAACUCCACGCUGCACGGCGGCGGGUACCUGGAGCACUGUCAGCAGCACAUCUCCAGCUUUUUCGGAAAAAAUGUGAAAAGGGUGCUGUUUGUUCCUUACGCGCUCCACGACAGAGACGCCUACACCAAGACGGCCAGGGACAAGUUCAAGGCUUUGGGUUAUGAGGUGGACGGCAUCCACGAGGCCGCCGACCCCGUCGAUGCCGUCCGGAGGGCGGAGGCCGUUUUCAUCGCCCUCGGGGACGUGACUCCUGCCCCUCUCUUCCAGGACGGCGUCCCUUACAUGGGCUCCAGCGCGGGGACCAACGUGGCCACCGCCAGCAUCAGCACCACCAACGACAUGCCCAUCGUCUACCCCCCCUCCUUCGCCGCCAUCGGCCUGGUUCCCUUCAACAUCAACCCGCACUACCUGGACCCCGACCCCAACAGCCGCCACAUGGGGGAGACCAGAGAGCUGAGAAUCACUCAGUACCACGAAGAACCCGAGACUCCCUCUGUUCUGGGUCUGAGGGAGGGCUCCAUGCUGCUGGUGGAAGGGAACAAAGCCACGCUGCUUGGAACCACAAAUGCCCGGCUGUUCAUCAGGGGGAAGAAAGCAGUGGAGUACGAGCCAGGCAGCGACCUCAGCUUUCUGCUGACCGACUGACCAGUCAAACACGAGCUGGAAGUGGAGCCAUGCAACCACACCCACCGUAUUCUUUUUUCCAGAUACAAUUGAAAUAAAUACUUGAAGAAAACAUCA